UUUUUAGGGGGAUAGCAAGGAUGGUAUGAAGAUAUACAGACCCUUCAAUAUUGCUUCUGAGCGUUGCCAGAAAACUUGUCCUGGCGGGGUGGGUGGUGCAGUAUGGGACUGACUGGCUUGUCAGGCUGCUAAGGGGUUACAAGAUGAAACUGAUUGAAAAACUGAGGAUAUGUGACUGAGGGAAGGGGGAGAGGAGAGUGUGCACUUGGUCCCUGUGUAAACACUGCAAGGUUUUAGGUUACAGUCUCAAGCAUGCCAGCAUUUUAUCUUAUCGUACAGAAAUAGAAAGGUUUUUUUUUCUUCCCAAGAGCUGGUGCAGAGAAGACAGAUUGAUACGAAUCUUGACUGAGAAAUUUGUCUAUAAGCCAGUACAGCCCAGAAGCUGUUGUCAUCCUGAAUUUCAUUCCUAUUUACCUUUCACUGUGGCGACACGGAGUAACAAAACUCUGCAGCACAGUCCUGUGGUGUGAUGGAAAGCGGCUCCUAUAUUUCUAUAUGAAGGCUUUUUAUGUGAUCAUCGCCUUCUACUUUCUUAGGAAAAUACUUCCUGCUAAUUGUCUCGCUGCUUUUGUGGACCGUCAGAGCUGCCAAUUGAUUCUUCCAUUAGGGCAUCAUAAUGGUGAGGUGCACAGAGAGAUCAGCUGUUUUGCUCAGUAUUCUUGUGGAGUUUGACCUCACUGAGUGAGACUGAAUACGGGAAUGGCACACCGGAGGACGGAGACCACGGCAGCAUGUUUUGGAGUUGUGACGAAGAAAAUACGCAGCCUUUUCCGGCACUUCCCAAAGUCAAAGUCAUGGUCAGAAGGCUUCCAGCUUCUCCCAACUCCUAGUCAUGAGCUACUGAUAGUGAGAGAUUCUAAAUUAUCUCGGCACUGGGAAUGUCAGAGCUUGAUACAUCUAGAGCAAACCGAUGAAAAAGGCUUGGUAUCUCCAGAGAAAACAUUCAUCCUCCAGCUGCAGAAGGUUCCAGAUGAACCAAAAGAAGAAAAAAGGCCUAGUAUCCAGGAGCUAAGGCAGAAAAUAGAAACCUUCAAUAUGAUGGUUCAGAAUGGCCUAAUAAUGAAGAUGGCAGAGGAUGGCACUUACACUGGAUUCAUUAAGGUGCAUCUGAAGCUCAAACGUCCAGUCACCGUAUCGGACACACUUGAUUCUCCAUCCAUUAUCACUAUUAAACCAAUGUCAUCAAGAAGUCCAGCAGAGAAAAUUACUUCUUUCUAUCUACCCCUGGAUGCUGUGAAACAACUUCACAUCAGUAGCUUGACAACAGCCAGUGAAGUCAUCAGGGGUCUUCUACAGACGUUCCAGGUGAUGGACGAUCCCCUAAAAUUUGCCCUGUUCAAGCAAAUGCAAAGGGAUGGACAAGCUCUUUUUCAGAAGCUUGCACUAACAGAACAUCCACUAUACUUGAGGCUUAUAGCUGGACCAGAUACUGAAAAGCUCAGCUUUAUACUAAAAGAAAAUGAGACAGGAGAUGUUCAAUGGGAGGCCUUUACAGUUCCAGAACUACAUAACUUCUUGAUGAUUUUGGACAAAGAGGAAAAGGAGAAAGUACAGCAGGUGCACAAGAAAUACGAUGCCUUUCGUCAGCACUUGCAGGAAGCUCUAACAAAUUCCACAGUAAAACCUCUGUAACUUUAAAUCUCCAAUGGAGAGAACAUGGAUUGUUACCUCCUCGAUGCGGUAUUCAUGGAUCUUGAUUGUAUUGACAUCUACAUCCGAAACAUAAAACAACAAAAAAAAAUAAUAAUAAUGGACACAUCAAGGGCAGGCGAAAUUUGCACUUUUAGACGCAUAUGAAGACACCUAGUUUUAUGUACCAAUACCAAGGCUCCAACAUCUCAGGGUCAUAGCCUUUACAUUGUAUUUUAUAGUUACAAGAAACUCAAGAUGUCCCUGAGAUCCACCUUGCAACAAGGCAUCGGGAGCUUGGCACAUGUCAGGUGAACAAGAUGAAGAGCCAUAAUAAACAUUUGUGAAAUGUAAUGGUCUGAUGGAGCUCUCCAGCUGCAGGCCAUGUCUUCUCCCAUUAAAUAACUGCACUAUUUAUUUAUUUAUUAAUGCACAAAGUGAAGUUAUUCAAUAGUAAGUGAAUAGUAAACUCUGCUUUAAGCCAUUCUGAAUACAAAAGACGGUAUGUAGGGAUGUAUGCUUUAAAAUAAGUAAGAAAUGUUGUAUGACCAAAUCCAUGAGGGUCAUGAGAAGGUUGAGUGUUUUAGUAUGUAAAAGUCUAAAUGUAAAAAGUCAGUAUAACUGGAUGCACUGUUUACAGACUUAGAAUACAGCAAUGUUUGCAGACAUUACAUGUUCUAAAGUCACGGAAAACUAGCCUUACUUGUAUCAGAAUGCAAAUAGUUGGAUUCAGGUAAAAUAUCUAGUUUAAAGUUGCCUUCCCUUUAAGUUUUAUUGUAAGGUAGAAGUAUUACAAAAAGAAGUUUAACUGUAUAAUUCAAGUAAAAUGUUCUAAAUCCAUCUUCACUGCAUUUAACUUUUACCCCUCACUCCAAAGAAAAAAUAUUUACACUUUAAAACACCUUAAAAACAGAGUAUGUACCGGUAAUCUAUUCCUCAUGCCAGAUUUGAAAGAUACAAAGCGCAUAGUGCUCCUUUGUGUAUGAAACUGAUUCACAAGGUUUCUCCAGCACGCAAUGUUAUGCAGCCGAUGUGGUGAAAAUGGUUAGUGGUGACAGCAGCUCCUCCCAGUGUUUACCCCAUAGAACAAAAUGUAAUAUUCCGCAGACUCUUCUUUCAACCGGAUAAUGGAUGCAUUGUAGGAACCAUCAUCAAGAUAACAAGAAUCUCUUUUUUAUCAUACAAUUCAUACAUGUUUCUGGGUUGUUCUGGUCCCUUCAUCAUGGGCCAGAUUUAUUAUAAUUUUGAAACAUGAUUAUAAUUCUUUUUUUCUUUAACAGAACAGUCUGACCUCUUCCCUAAACUAAUAAGCAAGAAUGCAUAUGAGUAGACCUAUUCAAACUCCCCUAUCUGCAAGACACAAAAAUCUUGUUCAUAGAGAUGGGUAGAAGGACAUCUCUAUUGCUGAGCAGCAUAUAUCAAUAUUUAUGUCUAUACAUAAUGUUUGAUGUUUGCAAGUGCAGCUUAAAGGGGUUCUGUACCUUUUAAGAACAUUCUAAUUUGCUAUUAGUUAAUUAGACUGUAAAAAAAAAAAAAAAAAAAAGUCUUUGUUUUAGGGAAAAUUCUGGACAUACUAACCAUCUCCACCAGCCUGUAUUAUAUAUUUUCAGAAGAAACUCCUUUUAAAUUAUAAUUGAUCAACUAUUCUAUGGAAAAUAGCUUUAUAUUCUUAUUGCUCUUAACUGACUUUUUACAGCUUACCCCACCCAUUCACCUAAAGUGUAUUUCCCAGCGAUCUGCUUUCUUCGUGUUUCUUAUAAAGCCUUACCUACAUGGUUUAUCCAUUUGUGCUUCAGACCUCUUCAUAAUUUAGUAAAUAUACAUCAUUUUCUGCCAUGCUAGAUACAGUGGAGGUGCUGUACAGUCACAGUCACUACCUUUACAUGCCUGCUGUCUCAUAACACAAUCCCAUCUCUAUUCCCCUCAUCCUGCAGAUACUACAUACUUGCAACAGCAUGACAACAGAACAUGCAAGGUCCCUCUCCAGAGACACCUCUCUAGUUCCCUGGGUAAGAUUUUUUAGCUAUGCCUCUAUUUCAAUAAAAGGCUGCACCUAAUUUAAUCUAGAAAUUAUGUUCUUGUCAUACGCAUCUGGGGCCCAUUUGGUGUACCCGAAUAUUUUCUAUCCCCAAGUUCCUUUCCACAUGAGUUUUACAACUGAUUACACUUUACGAUCUAGAGGAGGACAUUUGUUCUAUCAUCCUAAAUAAAUAACCUCACACUGAAGAUCUACAGUAAACUGAAAAUAAUCUCUGCUCCGAGGUCCAAAGCUUAGUAAUUACAAUUAGAUUUUUUCUACAUUUCCUACUUCUUAUUCUGUGAAAUCCUAUGAUCUGUUGCUGGAAUAUACAUUUCGCUAUAUGUAGGAUUUUUCUGUCUACCGUCUUUCUCCGAAAAUAAGACCGGGUCUUAUAUUAAUUGUAGUCACAAAAAACACACUAGGGCUUAUUUUCAGGGUAGGGCUUA